GUUCCACUUCAGCAGGAACCGCCUGGAGUCAAAAAAAGACAGUGUGGAGUAUUUGAAGUCAGUUGGAAUCCACCAUCCCUAGACUCUGGUGGCGGUCCUCUAACUGGCUAUCAGGUCCAGUUAAGUACGUUAGGUGGGGGAAGUGGUGGCUGGCGUAACUGCACGGCCUUCGUUUCAUCUCGUAGCUGUUUGUUCACAGACCUGUGGAAUAAGACAGAGUAUCGCAUUCGAGUCCGAGCUUUUAAUAAGAAGGGGCCAGGCCAAUGGGCAAACGCUUCAGAAACAACGGAUUUAAUUGGUAAGUAAUAUAUCUUAAUAGUGUUGUAUAACACCUAGUAAGUUUUGGCACUUACUUAUUAUAGCUUCUUUUGCAUCUCCCUUUAAGAUUUAUCUCUACGUUUAUCAAUUCAUACAGCCAUUCCUUUCUAACCUACCUAGAUAAAGUUGGUAAGUGGCUCACAUCUAAUCAGCUUACCCUGAAUAUUACUAAAAGCACGUUUAUUAUCAUAGGUAGCAGCCAGCGCUUGAAAAAAUUGAAAUCAAUCUCAAUUGCUACUGAUGAUAAGAGUAUUGAAGAGGUUAGCUCCUUUUCGUACUUGGGUGUGGUUAUCAAUAACAAUCUAAGUUGGCGAGAUCAUAUUGAUUAUAUCAAUAAUAAGGUAAAUAAGAAAUUGGGACUUCUUAGACGUAUAAAAUCAUGCUUAACCGUUGGAGGCUAGGCUUAUGUUCUUUAACAGUUACAUCCUUCCUAUAUUCGACUAAUAUUAUUUGGAGAUAUAGGGGUAACGUGGCUUUAAUGGAAAAACUACAAGUUCCACAAAACAAAGCAACGCGUAUAAUUUUAGAUUUACCCCCUCAAACAUCAGCCACUGAGGCUUGAGAUAAACGUGGGUGGAAAUUGCUCUCAUGAAGACGUGUUUUAUGAGCAUCUUUAUGUCUAAGUGCCAGAAUAACUUGUUUACACAUUCUUUUUAUCUUGGCCUAAAUAGUGAACAUCAUGAUCACAAUACCAGGUCUAAGGAUAACGUAUGAAAGGCUCUUUCAAAAAGAAACUGGGGUCUUUGGACUUCCACAAAUUUGGCUUCGAACGGAAAAAUCUAGACAAGUCAUUGAGGGAGCUCAAGUCACUUGACAAAUUUAAAAAGGCCAUCCGCAAUGAAACAUUUGAUUAAUUGAUAGUUAGUUCAUAGUAAGUUCUAAUUUAGUCAUAGAUUUGUCUUAUUCACUUAAAGUUUUUUAGUAGGAAGACCGUUCUGUAAAGCACUUUAGGGUGACUUGAUUAAUUGAUAAUUAGUUCAUAGUAAGGUCUAAUUUAGUUAUAGAUUUUUCUUAUUCACUUAAUGAUUUUUAGUAGGAGGACCCUUCUGUAAAGUACUUUAGGGUGAAGUAGGCAUCCUCAAUAAAGAUUGAUUGUCGUUAUUAUUUCCUCAUUCGUCCUCCUUUCUUUUCACAAUAUUAGCAUUCAUUUUCUAAUUGUGUCAUUUUAACCUUUGAGCGUUUUCAUUUAUAUGGUUACACCUCUGCUUUACCUUUACUUUACCAAUUAAUUGAUUUUUCUUCGCUGAUAAACAUCGUUUUGUUUUACGAAGAUAAUUAAAACAUUAGUUUAUCAUAGGACCGCCCGAUGUUUCCGAAAUAAUAAACAAUGAAACAGAAAUCCCUGGGAUGAAACCCAUUGUAACAGUGCAGUGGACACGCCCAAACGAGAGAUACUGCAACAUCACCAUGUAUUCAUUGCGCUACAAAGUAGUUCAACCAGCCACCGAGAAAAUAACGGAAAUAAUAAAUACCACCAACGCCAGUUUAACAAGUUUAGUGCUUGAAUUCCAACACAGCAAGAAGUAUGAAGUAACUGUCUUUGCUUGGAAUUACCUGGGACGCAGUAAAGCAAGCACAGCAUGGGAAGUGAGAACAGCACAAUGUAAACAUACUUUCUUUCGUUAAAUAAUUAAAUAAAUAUAGAGAGCCAUAUUGUGUUGCUUCUUGGACAUCUUUGUCUAAGCGUGUGCGGCCGCCAUGGUUUCAAAGAUCGACAAGCUUACCUGCAUCGAAAUUUAUAUGUGUACUUUGGAAUACGUUAUUUUUCUGACACGCAAUCAACUUCUUAUCCCACAUGGAUUUUUAACUUAUUAGAGUAUUUUGGGAAGAAAAUUAUUCCUUUGAAUAAAAGAUAACAAAAGAUUGCAAUGUUCCUUACAAUACGAUUCACUUCAAAUUCAUAUCGGCCAAUAACACUAAAAAACCCUUACUCUAUGUAAUAAAACAUAUAGCAUGGGUCCAAGUAAGCAAGUAAGGCAUGAAUAUCUCAUAAGCAAAAUUUUCUUGCUGAGAGUGAAUCAUGAUGAUAACAGGAAAAAAGCUUUCUGGCGGUGGGGAAAUUAAAGUACCAUAGCCUUAUUAAGACUUUUGAGAAGCCAAAAACUAAGGUUGGUAAAACUGUUAGCAGGAGACCUCAAUCGAAUUGGUUAAAGAUUUUAAUACUCUCAAAAUUUCUCCCACCGUAUAAAUCUUAAAAUUGUACCAGACAGUUCUCUCAGCUUGGAGCGCAGUUGUAUUUCUUAAAAGUCUUUGCUAAUCUAAAUGAUCUCUGCUCUUUUCAUGCAAGGUUUUAUUUAUUUAGUAUAUUAAAACUGCUGUCACUCUUGAUAGAUGUUCCAUAUCCCGUUAUGCGUUUGGAUUUUAAAAGAGGCUGUAGCUCUAUAAACUUAACUUGGAAUCCACCAUCACGUGACGCCGAAGGAGGAAUGGUGACAGGGUACCUUGCACAGAUAAAAGCGGCCAGUUCCGAAGGACCAUGGAUAACAAAAAACGUUUCUCAGUCAACUCAGUCAUGCCUAUUUACCCAUCUUAAGCCAAAUAGCGAGUACCAUGUAAGAGUAAUGGCGCAGAACAAAAUGGGAAAUGGUUGGCCUUCUGAAGUAUCUAUAAUUCCCCAAGCAGGUGAUUUGUGA